UCACGAUCCAGGAAAUCAGGCGACCCAAAAGAUGACCGAACUAUUGCUGCGCAAGCUCCCAUUCCAAAGGCUAGCCCGCGAAUUUGCACAGGACUACAAGACUGACCUGCAGCUGCAAGGAGCGACAGAAGCCUACCUGAUUGGCAUCGUUGAAGACUCUAACCUUUGCGCCAUCCAUGCCAAGCGAGUGACAAUUCUGCCAAAGCACCUCCAGCUCGCCCGGCGCCUCCGCGGCGAACGUACGUACUUAGCAUCAUCGUGAUCCAUGCACCGCAUCC